AUGGUUUCUGGCUCUGACGAUGUCCGUCACAUUACGGACCAAAACUCAGCACGGAGUCAUCGUGGCCGUAAUACGCUAAGCCGAGAUCUUCUUCGCACAAUUCAACGGACAAAACUUCAAGGCAACCCUCCUGCAGUACGGCCAAUCUACGAAUCACUUCCACCUGUCUUCGCAAACGAAAUUAAAGCUUGGAGCUGGGAAUGGCAAGACGCCUCGGCGGUGCCGGCGCAAUAUGACAACUACUAUCGCAGAGGACUCCGGGUAAAGUGCGUCCAACUAAGUCCACCUGACAACACAACCAAGUUGCGAAAACGAGGUCAGACCACAUAUAUACAUCGAAAGGAGACCUCGGCCAAAAUAGAGGCCACAACAUCUUGGUCUUUGUAUCCAAGCUGCUUUGGUUUUUCAUGUACAUGGAAAUACUACCUCUUGAAUUGA